AGGUACAUGUCUGAUACGCCCGUUACACUAUCGGGGUUUAAGUAUACAAUCGACAAAACUUGGGAUGGUUUACCAAUCGAUCAUGAUCCAAUCACCGUCGAGAUGAAAUGGUAUUUUACCAGACUACCUGGUAAACCACACAAAAGGGUAAUCAAAGUGAACUUCCAGGCUCCUUUAUUCGACGAUCCUGAGGCUCCGCCGGAUCCUCCGGGGAUCCUACAUGGUCUUUGGGAGUAUGAAGUUGUUGAAUUUUUCUUCGCUAACAAGAAAGAUCAGUACAUUGAAAUUGAAGUUGGACCUCAUGGGCAUUGGCUUGUCAUGCUGUUUGAUGGAGUUCGGAAGCCUUUCAACACGGGUGAAGAACUUGAACUGGAAAUCACUAACAAGUUUGUUGGGAAUGUAUGGCAUUGUGAAUUCGAGGUCCCUCUUGCAUAUUUUCCAGGAAACAUAACCAAAUUCAAUUCAUUUGCUAUUCAUGGUACAGGAGACGAACGGGUGUACGAAGCGCUGAAUCCAGUGACCGAUGGAAAUUACGAGAAACCCGACUUUCAUCGGCUCCAAUUUUAUGGUAAAAUAAACAUGCGCCGAUUAUUGCCAGAUGGAUACGGGACAAAACCUUUUAUCGAUUAUAAAUACGGGGAUUUAUGGAAAGAUCACUAUACACCAUAAUUUAUUGCUUGUUUCUGUUUCUUGUUGAUGUUUACUGUAUAAAAUGUUGCC